AUGAGUAAUUGUAAAAAUUUUCAUUUUCACCAAUUUUUGAGCUGCGAAUCUUUUUGCGGCAAUUAUUUAAAGUUGGAAGGGCAAAGACAAUUUUUAGAUGGGAGGGAGGAAGGAAUGAACAACUGGAAUGAUAAUAAUCUACAAACGAAUAAGAUUUCGACUCAAUCUUCCCAAGAAGCAUCACAACAUUGUUUAGAACCAUUUGAUCACUCCCUAAGACGGCCCUGUGCAAUAGGAAUUUGGAAACAAAGAUACUUUUUUGACUCGAAUAUUUUAAGAUGUCGAUCAUUUUGGAUGGAUGCAAGCUGUUUUAGGGAGGAAAUAAUGAAUGGAGUUGAAAAUAAUUAUUUGAAGGAUUUAAAUAAUUAUUUUAAGAGGCCUAGAAAUUUAUUUAAUAAUUUAAUUGAAUGCCAAAAAACUUGUGAAAAAAGGACAAACAAAUAUCCUCAACACCCUCACAGAAUUAAACAAAAUUUAAAUAAAUCAGAUUAUGUUGACAAAAAGAAGAAAGCUAAACAAUUAAAAUGGAUAAAAGAAGAUAAAUGUUUAAAAGAAAAUAAUCACAAAAUAAGAGAACAUUUACAUGUUGAGAAAAAAUUAAAAAUAAAUGAAGAAAAAAUGAAGGCCUGUUUUGAAGUUUUUGAUUUAAAUUUGACAAAAAAUUGUGGAAAAUUUCCUUGGAAAAUUUCAUUCUUUUUUGAUCAGAAUUACAAUGUUUGUCGGCCUUUUUGGUAUAAUGGAUGUGUUAGUAAACUAAAUUCUAAUAAUUAUUUUGAAAAUGAAAAAAGUUGUAAAGAAAUUUGCGAGAAGGAAAGAGAAAAUUUAACAAUAAAUAAAGAUAAAUAUGGCUAUUUUGGCAUUGGAGAAGAAACUACUACAAAAACAUUUAAUAAAACUAGCAAAUACUUUCCACUAUUAACUAAAAACGUAAAAUAUAUCCGUUCAAAACCACUAAUCAUGGACGAGAAUGAAUGUACUCAAUUUUAUUAUCAUGCCAAAACAAAGGAAAAAGUUGGGAGACUAAAAGUCUUUCUUUGCCUUUUAGAGGAAGGAGGGCAAUGUCAAAUGAAUGUAGGCAUUUUUUUUAUUUAA